CACUGGUUACACCACCCCAUUAACAAAAAUGGAUCGCUCCUACAGACAGUGAGUCACGUGGCCUGCUAUAUAAAGCAGACAAACAGGCAGGCACGCAUCAAUUUAUACUGUUCGAUUGAACGUUAGAAUGGGCAAAACAAGUGACCUAAGGGACUUUGAGCGUGGUAUGAUCGUAGGUGCCAGGCGCGCCGGAUCAAGUAUCUCAGAAACGGCCGCCCUCCUGGGCUUUUCACGCACGACAGUUUCUAGGGUUUACAGAGAAUGGUGCGACAAACAAAAAACAUCCAGUCAGCGGCAGUCGUGUGGGCGAAAACAGCUAGUUGACGAGAGAGGUAGAAUGAGAAUGGAAAGAAUCGUGCAAGCUAACAGGCGGGCCACAAACAGACAAAUAACGGCGCAGUACAACAGUGGCGCGCAGAACAGCAUCUCGGAACGCACAACUCGUCGAUCCUUGUCACGGAUGGGCUAUUGCAGCAAACGCCGGGCAAAUGAGGAGUGGAAAAACAUCGCCUGUGUAGAUACGGUACGGGAACUUGUCCUGGACAACUGUAGCUCAAAUGAAGGGAAAAUUGAAGGCCUCACAGCAGAAUUCGUCAAUCUGGAAUUCCUCAGUUUGAUCAACGUUGGUUUAAUCUCAGUCUCCAACCUUCCCAAACUUGAGAAACUCAAGAAGUUGGAACUCAGUGACAACAGAAUCUCUGGUGGCCUUGACGUGCUAGCAGAGAAACUCCCCAACCUCACACAUCUAAAUCUAAGCGGGAACAAACUGAAAGACAUCAGCACAUUGGAACCUUUGAAAAAGCUGGAUAGCCUGAAGUCUCUAGACUUGUUCAACUGUGAGGUGACCAACCUGAACGACUACAGGGAGAGUGUGUUCAAGCUGCUCCCUCAGCUCACCUACCUGGACGGGUACGACGUGGAGGACCGAGAGGCAUCCGACUUGGACGGAGAGGUGGACGGUGACGACAAUGAGGAAGGGGAUGAGAAUGGGAAGGAGGAGGAGUUUGACGGAGAGGAGGGAGUAGUAGGAGAGGAGGAUGAGGUCAGCGGAGAUAAGGAGGAGGAAGACCUUGGCAUUGAUGAUGAAGAUGAAGUCAAGGCUGUCCAAGGAGAGAAGAGAAAGCGAGAGCCUGACGACGACAACGAUUAAGAGCAAAAAACGAAAGCAUAGUUACCAACCCCUUCCCUCUCCAAUAGUAGUUACAUAGGAUGAGCCUUGACUAGAAUAUAGUAUAUACAUAUGAAGUGGGUAAAACAGUAUGUAAACAUUAUUAAAGUGACCAGUGUUCAAUGACUAUGUACAUACGGCAGAAGUCUAAGGUGCAGGGUUGAGUACUGGGUGGUAGCCGGCUAGUAACAGUGACUAAGUUCAGGGCAGGGUACUGGGCGGAGGCCAGCUAGUGGUGACUGGGUAACAGUCUGAUGGUCCGGAGAUUGAAAAACAGCUUCUAUCUCUCGUUCCCAGCUUUGAUGCACCUGUACUGUCUUCGCCUUCUAGAUGGUAGUGGGUUGAACAGGCCAUGGCUCGGUUCCUUGAUGAUCUUCUUGGCUUUCCUGUGGCACCGGGUGCUGUAGAUUUCCUGGAGGGUAGGCAGUGUGCCCCUGGUGAUGUGUUGGGCUGUUCCUCAUCACCCUCUGGAGAGCCUUGCGGUUGCGAACAGUGCAAUUGCCGUACAAGGCGGUGAUGCAGUCGGACAGGAUGCUCUCAAUGAUGCAUCUAGAAGAUUGUGAGGGUAUUAGGGGCCAAACCAAAUUUCUUCAGCAUUUUCAUGAAGUUUUUUCGUACUGAACGCAGCCCUGGUGAUUUAUACUCCCAAACUAAUGAAAAUAAAAUGGUGACGCCAUUAAAAUAUAAUUUUCCCCAUCUAAACAACAUAUUGGUCCAUAUUUCAUGUUGGUGUUAUUUAGCAAUAAGCAUGAUCACCCCCCCAUGCCUCCUCACCUCCCUCAAUUGAAUGAACUGCUAUUAUUGUUACACACAAAUAUGGUAUAAGAAUACCUUCCAUAUUGAAAUAAAGGAGAAAAUUGGCUUACUGCUGUGCAAUUUCUAUCAAUAAAGAAAUGGGGUGGGCCAAUUUCUUUAGAUUUCCUCAAUUGAAAUAAAUAAAGAUGGUUCUGGAAGUAUUCUUAGGGUGUUUGUUAGGUUGCAUAAACAGGAGUGCUUUCCCCCCACAAUUAUGGCCUUAAUGUGUUUUAUAAACAUAAAUGAGGAUAGGUUGCUGCUGCUGGUCAGUCAGACGGGCAGGCUGCUCAUUACUAAGGGAAGGCCUACUUUUAAAAAAUGACAUGUAACGAGCUACAAAAAAAAAUUCUGGCUUUCAAACAGGCACGUUCUUCUCUUUUCUCCCCUGCAACUCUUCUCCGGUUCCUUAGUGUACAUGCUAUGCUUGCCCCCCCUCCCCUUUUAUAUUUUUCUGAGUGGCUGUUAGAUUUAAGUCAACUAUGUAAAUACCUGAAUGUUUGUUUAGUAAUGAUCAACAACAAAGGGGUGUUUCUACAGGUAUUUCAUUUUCAAUAAAUUUGCAAACAUUUCUAAA